ACGUACUAGUGAAAAAAAGACAAGACGAAAGAUCCUUGACGGAUUUAAGAACUAGUGUUAAAUCGGGAUAUAACUCCGAUCUUAGAGGUGUUGGGACAUUAUCCGUAUCAUUCUCGGAGUUUAUCGAAAUUGAAUCCACCAUUUCUAUCAGAGUGACAUGGCAGAUGCUUACUGGAGAGUCACCGACGGCCUUAUACAGCCGGUAUCUCUUCCUCCGGUCGCCGCAAAACGCCCUCGGACCCAAUAUGAUGUUCCAAGUGGUCCUGAUGUGCCUGGCAAUUAUAGCCGCAAUAAUGUACAAGGAAUGCAUCAUGUCAUUAGAGAUGCUGAUCCUAUUGAAUCAUCCUAUGAACGAUACUUGCGAAGCGGGCAAACUUCCUCCUAUGCUGGUGGUGAAUCUGCGAGAUCCAUGAAUAGUGGAGUAACCAGUCAUCCUAUUGGCGGUCCCCGUGUUAUGGGUACUGUGGGAUCACAACCAGUUGAUGCUAAAAGCAGGACCGUUGGGUUUGGAGGUGGUAGACCAGAAGUUCGUCUUCCACCUGAUGCUAGCAAUACGUUGUUUGUGGAAGGGUUGCCUGCUAAUUGCACCCGAAGAGAGGUGUCACAUGUAUUUCGACCAUUUGUAGGUUACAAAGAAGUUAGACUGGUGAUCAAGGAACCACGACAUCCAGGAGGAAAUCAAUUUGUUCUUUGCUUUGUUGAUUUUGUGAGUCCAGCCCAUGCAGCCACUGCGAUGGAUACUUUACAAGGUUAUAAAUUCGACGAGCAUGACCGUGAUUCGGCCAACUUAAGGCUACAAUUUGCUCGCCGUCCUGGUGCCAAGUCAGGUGGUGGGCAUCACGGAAACCGUUGAAUUAUGCGUUUUUACAGGUGAUAUGCUAGACUUCUUGCGCUUGACCUUUAUUAAUAACGACCAAAGGUUAUGCUACAAAAUUCAUCGAUCGGGCUAAAUUUUGGAACGACCCUUCUCUGUAGGACCAAAUUGACUUUGGAGAUUACGUAUUUAGAUGUUUUGCCAGCUUUGCGGUUUCGUGUUCGACAUCUUUCUCUAAAUGCGUGGUUUAAUUAGGACCAGUCUUUGCUCUUUGCACGGGAAGAUAUUGUAGUGGGAUAUUAGCAUUUAGCUGUUGUUUCCGCGUCAAUGUUUGCGUCGUCCUUUGCUGAGCACGGGUGUUUUUAUCUUUCAUUUCCUGAUUGAUGAAAGAUAUUUUCAGUUUCAUCUGGCGCUUAGGAUAAUAUCAUUCCCAUUGUAAUGAUAAGUGGGAGGUGCUUUGUACGAAUUCAUAGAGUUGCUUGUUUGAUCAUGUGGUAAAUUGUUUUAAAUUCAUCAUUAGAUCUGCUAA